CCUCCCCGGCCCGGGCUCUCGGCUCCUCCACGCUCUCCGAAUCACGACCCCUCCCUGCCAUGUAUCCGCAAGGCAGACAUCCGGCUCCCCACCAACCCGGCCAGCCGGGAUUUAAAUUCACGGUGGCUGAGUCUUGUGACAGGAUCAAAGACGAAUUCCAGUUCCUGCAAGCUCAGUAUCACAGCCUCAAAGUGGAGUACGACAAGCUGGCAAACGAGAAGACGGAGAUGCAGCGCCAUUACGUGAUGUACUAUGAGAUGUCCUACGGCUUGAACAUAGAAAUGCACAAGCAGACAGAGAUUGCGAAGAGGCUGAAUACGAUUUUAGCCCAGAUCAUGCCUUUCCUGUCGCAGGAGCACCAGCAGCAGGUGGCUCAGGCAGUAGAACGCGCAAAGCAGGUCACCAUGACGGAGCUGAACGCCAUCAUUGGGGUACGUGGACUCCCCAAUCUGCCUCUCACCCAGCAGCAACUCCAGGCGCAGCACCUUUCCCAUGCCACGCACGGCCCCCCGGUCCAGCUGCCACCCCACCCGUCAGGCCUCCAGCCUCCUGGGAUCCCCCCAGUGACCGGGAGCAGCUCCGGGCUGCUGGCGCUUGGUGCCCUGGGCAGCCAGGCCCACUUGGCGGUAAAGGACGAGAAGAACCACCAUGAACUGGACCACAGAGAGAGAGAUUCCGGCGCGAAUAAUUCGGUGUCACCCUCAGAAAGCCUCCGGGCCAGCGAGAAGCACCGGGGCUCUGCAGACUACAGCAUGGAAGCUAAGAAGCGGAAAGCAGAGGAGAAGGACAGCCUGAGCCGAUACGACAGUGACGGGGACAAGAGUGACGAUCUGGUGGUGGACGUUUCCAAUGAGGACCCAGCAACGCCCCGGGUCAGCCCCGCACACUCCCCUCCUGAGAAUGGGCUGGACAAGGCCCGAGGCCUGAAAAAGGAUGCCCCCACCAGCCCUGCCUCAGUGGCUUCCUCCAGCAGCACACCCUCCUCCAAGACCAAAGACCUUGGUCAUAAUGACAAAUCCUCUACCCCCGGGCUCAAGUCCAACACUCCAACCCCAAGGAAUGACGCUCCGACUCCAGGCACCAGCACGACUCCUGGGCUCCGGUCCAUGCCGGGCAAACCUCCGGGCAUGGACCCGAUAGGUAUAAUGGCCUCGGCCCUGCGCACACCCAUCUCCAUCACCAGCUCCUACGCGGCGCCCUUCGCCAUGAUGGGCCACCACGAGAUGAACGGGUCCCUCACCAGCCCCAGCGCCUACGCUGGCCUGCACAACAUCCCGCCGCAGAUGAGUGCGGCCGCCGCCGCCGCCGCCGCUGCCUAUGGUCGAUCGCCAAUGGUGAGCUUUGGAGCUGUUGGUUUUGACCCUCACCCCCCAAUGCGGGCCACGGGCCUGCCCUCGAGCCUCACUUCCAUCCCAGGAGGGAAACCUGCGUACUCCUUCCACGUGAGCGCGGACGGGCAGAUGCAGCCGGUGCCCUUUCCACACGAUGCCCUGGCCGGCCCUGGCAUCCCGAGGCACGCCCGGCAGAUCAACACCCUCAGCCACGGGGAGGUGGUGUGCGCCGUGACCAUCAGUAACCCCACUCGGCAUGUCUACACGGGGGGCAAGGGCUGCGUGAAGAUCUGGGACAUCAGCCAGCCAGGCAGCAAGAGCCCUAUCUCCCAGCUGGACUGCCUGAACAGGGACAACUACAUCCGCUCCUGCAAGCUGCUCCCUGACGGGCGCACGCUCAUCGUGGGCGGCGAGGCCAGCACGCUCACCAUCUGGGACCUGGCCUCGCCCACGCCCCGCAUCAAGGCCGAGCUCACGUCCUCGGCGCCCGCCUGUUACGCCCUGGCCAUCAGCCCUGAUGCCAAAGUCUGCUUCUCCUGCUGCAGCGAUGGGAACAUUGCCGUCUGGGACCUGCACAACCAGACCCUGGUCAGGCAGUUUCAGGGCCACACGGAUGGGGCCAGCUGCAUAGACAUCUCCCACGACGGCACCAAGCUGUGGACCGGGGGCCUGGACAACACUGUGCGUUCCUGGGACCUGCGGGAGGGGCGCCAGCUGCAGCAGCACGACUUCACCUCCCAGAUCUUCUCACUGGGCUACUGCCCCACUGGGGAGUGGCUGGCCGUGGGCAUGGAGAGCAGCAACGUGGAGGUGCUGCACCACACCAAGCCGGACAAGUACCAGCUGCACCUACACGAGAGCUGCGUGCUGUCCCUCAAGUUCGCUUACUGCGGCAAGUGGUUCGUGAGCACAGGGAAAGAUAAUCUUCUCAAUGCCUGGAGGACGCCCUACGGAGCCAGCAUAUUCCAGUCUAAAGAAUCCUCGUCUGUCUUGAGCUGCGACAUUUCGGCGGAUGACAAAUAUAUUGUAACAGGCUCUGGUGACAAGAAGGCCACAGUUUAUGAGGUCAUCUACUAAACAAGGACUCUAACAGGGCUGUCAAACUCUGGGAGAAGCCGCCUCGGCGCUGACAGGGAGACCUCGUGAGCCCCCUGAGGUUGCAGAGGACAGGCCACCGGCAGCGGGGAUCUGGGCUGUGCUGUGCGGGCUGCAGGGGGCGUGGCUCGUCAUGGCCCGGACUCUGGGUGUGGAUUGAUGUGUCUCAUGAACUCGGAUGGACUUGGUCCUUCUCGCCCAGAGCCAUGCUGGCGGAUGCUACAAAUAGAUUCAUCUGGAGGCUUAUGGCUCCCAUUCCCCACAGACACCUUCAUGAAUCUUGUUUGUUCUUCCCCUUUCUUUUUCCCUGUCCCCUCCCUGCCUUGGGUCGGGGACACUGGAGUGGACCACAUUGUUGUGCCGGGGAGGGGGGGAUCCGGUUCCCGAUUGUGCAGUGCACAAGGUUUGUGAAAAAUGUAAAUAACAGACUCCUAUCUGGGGCUGGUCAGCGGGGGAGGUGGCCCCUUCCCACCAGAACCUUGCCGUGUAUUUCGCCUGCUGUAUUUGCAAACCACGCGUGGUGGUGGCUUGUUUGUUUUGUUUUUGUUGUUUUUCCUUUUUUCUUUCCUUUUUUUUUUUUAAACUGAAAUUCCCACGGGGAAAGAGGGCUGGAAUGGGAGGAGAGCCUGUGGGGUGCAGCGGGGAACUGCAGUCUGCAACCGGAUACCCCAGGUACCACCCGUGGGAUUUGGGCGGCGCCAGAAGCCUGUCCAGAUGGAGCACUGGAUGGACGUCUGCGGGAACAGCUGGGUUUUUCUGUGGGUCUCUUCCCCCGCGUCGCAUCUUCCCCUGUCUGUGCGCCCUCCGCCCUUUUCUUGGUGCACGCUCUUCAUCCGUGGGGGGCCCGGGGGUUCUGAGGAACUCCCUGCCCAGCCUUUCUUACUUUCCGGGUGCAGCCUGCAGUGGGCUCACGUCAGAGGGAAGUGUAGCCACUCAGCUCAGGGAGCCACCAGAGACAAACAGCAACUGACGUGGGUACAUUUUUUUUUUUUUUAAUUUGAAUAAAAAGAAUCAGAAGUGAUGUCCUUUUAUAAAAUGCCUUCUCCCCUUUCCUGUCUUCAGCCUCUUCACCUCCUGUAGGAGGAGGAAACGUCUUAACCUGAAGGGUUAUAAGUCUGAGAAGCGGCUUCCUGCACCCCAACCUGGGCAGAGCAGUGGGCUGCGGGCUGUGGGGACACAACCUGGCACACUGGUGACCCUGGCAGCCUUCCUGCCCUGUCAUGGGCCCCGCAGGUGGCAGGGACAGCGCCGUCUCCUGCGGGUACCAAAUGUUCUGAGGCGUUAGGAUUUUGUUUUUGUUUUCGUCCUUUCUUUUCCCUUCUAAUUUGAAAAGAAAAGCAAAGGGCCGUGUGAUUCCUGGUGGUGGGCUCUCUGUGGAUGUAGCAUAUGGAAGAUAAUUUUUAUACGCAUUUUUAUGGAUUAUUUUAUAACACAUGAUUCGCUCUGGUGCGAAGGAAGGAGGGGGCUCCGAGGAAAACUGCCCGUCUCCGCAGCUCCCUGGCUGCGCAGCUGCCCGGCGGGAUGUGGAGUUGGAGGCGGGAGCCGGCAGGGCACCCUGGAUCUUGUUGAGAUGUGGGGUGUCCAGGGUUUCUUUCACUGGAUCCCAGAGCGUCAUCUGCCACUUCUUAAGGUUCUGGCCAGAAGGGAGGGCGAGGGUAGAAGAAAGUUAUUCCUGGAGAAAAAAAAGAAAAGUCAUUGUAAUGAGCUGUUUUUAUAUUUUUAAAAGUUAUUAUUUAAAGGUU